AUGUUGAGAUCCCAGGACUACCACAACCACAUUGCUGAAGUUAGAAGGGAGCCAAGUGUUCUCUCUGAGUUCGACCGCUACCCAAACGCUGAAAUGGCCUUCAACAAGAGGGUUGUUUACGAUGAGAUCGAAGGAUCUCACCGCCACCACCACCACCACAACCCUGAAGUCGUCGAGAGGGUUGAAGUGGUGGAGUAUGAACGAGUACCUGAGGUUAGGCCAUAUGGUGGUGAAGUGAUCUAUGAAGAGUACAUGGAUGUUGAAACCAGUCAGUAUAACCCACGAAGGAACAGGCCAAAUGGUCUUGGACUGCAAAAAUGGAAGACAUACAGAGCAUAA